CUGCGAAUACCCACCCCCAUUCACCCGGACCGGUCCGUUUAGACCGCCUUAAUCUCUCAACUUCUCUUGCUCCAUUCAAAAAGCCCCCCGAUGCAGAAAAGCCAAGAAACCUAACGGAGCCUCCACCACUCUCUCUCUCUCUCCUUCUUCGGGUCACCUCCAAACCCCGAACCCGGGAAUCUGCCAUGGCAUACCAACCUCGAGCUCCGGAUCACAGCAGCGCCACCGAUGAGAAUAGCCGGAAUCGACGCCUCUACAAUCCCUACCAAGACUUGAAUCUUCCCACACAAACUCUGUACAAUCUGCCGACCUCCCCGGAGUUCCUCUUCCAGGAGGAAUCCCUCGCACAGCGCCGAUCUUGGGGCGAGAACUUGACCUACUAUACAGGGAUUGGCUACCUAGCCGGCGCGACGGCCGGCGCCGCCAAGGGUUUUGCCACCGGCAUGAAGUCUAUUGAGCCGACCGACACGCUGAAGUUGAAAAUCAAUCGAAUCCUCAACGGGUCUGGGCACACGGGCCGACAGAUCGGUAACCGGUGCGGGGUGAUCGGGUUGAUGUACGCGGGACUCGAGAGCGGUAUGGUUGCUGUUAGGGAUACGGAUGACGUCAUCAACAGCGUGGUGGCUGGGUUGGGGACUGGAGCUCUUUAUAAGGCGGCGGCGGGUCCGAGAUCGGCCGCGGUGGCGGGGGCGAUUGGCGGGGUGCUUGUGGGGCUUGCGGUCACUGGCAAACAAGUUUUGAAAAGAUAUGUGCCGAUUUGAGUAACUUCUUGGAUUUUGAUUUUGCUUUUCUUUGGUUUUCUGCUGAUCCAUUUGUCAAUGAAUUAACAAUGUUUCGAUCAUUGGAGGUGCAAUUUUGAUGAUUGUUUAGCUGCUGUGGCGCUGAAACUUGAGUUUGUAGUGUGUAGGCAUGAGAGUUUCGUGCUUUGCUGUCUGUUAGUAUAUAAUAUCAAUACUCCUUCAUGGUUAUCUGGUGGAAUGUAAUUCUCAGGUAGUUUAGUGGAAGACGUAGAUUUCCCAAUAAUUUCAGGAAAACCUUGAUCACGGCAUUCUUGAUUAUUGUCUAAAGAAUUAUACUUCCAAUUGUUCGUCGUUUUUACUGUUCUUUCCAAUGGUGUUCCUUUUGUUGAAUUGAUGAAUUCUUUCCUGCUGUC